AUGUCAACUUACGCCAUAGCCCCCUCCAAGACCGUAGCCGCCUCCGAGGCCACCUCCGAGGCCACCCCCGAGGCCAUAGCUACCUCCGAGGCCAUAGCCGCCUCCCAUACCAUAGCCGCCUCCCAUACCAUAGCCGCCUCCCAUACCAUAGCCGCCUCCCAUACCAUAGCCGCCUCCCAUACCAUAGCCGCCUCCAAGACCGUAACCACCUCCGAGACCGCCUCCCAGGCCACCGCCGAGUCCGAGUCCGAUUCCGCCUCCUAG